GAUAAUUGGCUGGACAUAUGGCGACGCAUGGGCAGAGUUUCUGCGGAGCUCACGAGUUGGUAUAAAGUAGAUCAGGAUACUCUCUCUGUUGAAUUAUUUUUUUUAGAGUGCUGUGACGAUCUCGAGGAAGGGAUAAAAAGAAAUGUUCUCUACACUUCAACUACUUAUUUUCAUCUAACGCAACUGUGCGAUUGUAGUCUAUUCUUGAAAGAGGUUUUAAAAGUUCAGAACUCUCUUAAAGCGGACUAAUAACAAGAUCAGAGCUUGUUUUUUUUUGUUGACAACUGUCUAACGUUUCAUUGGAAUUUUCAAUAAUUAUGGCAAAACGUAUCAUCUUUGUUUUCUUGACAAUGGCAGUCACCAGUCGGGUGGGUGCCAGCUGCCCGGCGGUGUGUGAGUGUCCAGCCAUGCCCCUCUCGUGCCUCCCCGGGGUGAGUGCGGUGGCCGACGGCUGCGGGUGCUGCAAGGUGUGUGCCUCCCAGCUGAACCAGGACUGCAGCCCCACGAUGCCCUGCGACCACCACAAGGGACUGGAGUGCAACUACGGCAAUGACGUGACCCUGGCCCAGGGCAUCUGCAGGGCGAGAAAGGAGGGUCGUACGUGUGAGUACAACGGGAGGAUCUACCAGAACGGUGAGAAUUUCCGUGCCGGCUGUAAACACCAGUGUACCUGCAUCGACGGCGUCGUAGGCUGUUCCCUGCUCUGUGCCAACCGUCUGCCCCCCGCCACCCCCUCCUGCCCCUACCCCCGGCUGGUCAGGGUGCCAGGGCAGUGCUGCUUCACCGUGGACUGCCACAAGGGUACCUGGCGCCUUCCCCCCACCAAGCAACAUCGCCAACCAACACAACCCAAACCUCAGCCAGACCAGUACCAGCCGGAUAACACACUGGGCAAUGAGCUGGUGGAGAGAGGCAAGGGCUGGGAGAAUGAACAAGGCUACAAGCACCUGCCUGUAUGGAAGCAUUCGUUGGAGAAGUGUGUUGUCCAGACAACGGACUGGUCCCAGUGCUCACGAAGCUGUGGGAUGGGAGUGUCCUCACGCAUCACCAACGACAACGCCCAGUGUAAGCUGGAUAGAGAGACGCGCCUCUGCACCAUCCGGCCCUGCGGUGACGUAGCCAUCCCGCCCAAGAAGGGCAAGAAGUGCUCCCCGACUCCAAAAGCCCCAGAACCCAUGCGUCUGUCGUAUGGCGAGUGUCAGAGUGUCCGCCUCUACCGGCCCAAUUACUGCGGCGCUUGUACGGAUGGCCGCUGCUGCUCGCCGCGUCGUACACGCACCGUUCCUGUGACUUUUGUGUGCCCGGAUGGCGAGCGUUUCCAGAGAGAUGCCAUGUUCAUCCAGUCGUGCAAGUGUAGCAAGGAAUGCGGCCAUCUCAACGAAGUGGCCUUGCCACCACAGCACUGGAUGUAUGGAGACACACAUACGUUCAUUGACUAGCUUGAUCGUGUUGGAACAGAAUCCUCAAACUUGACUGAGAACAUUGACAAGGGAAGGGUGACAUUUUUUAAAUAAAUACCAUGGGCCUUGAGGGUGUUUUUCUCUGCAGGCCUCAAAUAACAGAACUGAGCUUCACAAUGGGCUCUCAAUGAAAACCUGGCACUAUAAUAGCAAACCCCCAAAUAGUAAAGUACUUACUGUAUGUUUGACUGGAGUGGUUUUGAUUGACAGGUGAUCCAUCCACUCCUGAAAGUUCCUUCGACAUGGGUCUGAACUGAGGCCUACAGUCCCACCUGCCAUUUUUGUUUAGUUACGGUAUGACAUAAUGAACAGGACCCAGCCACGAGUUGCUAAGGCCUCCACAGCAGCGACAGAGAGAAACAGACUACAACACAGCAUUGUGUUGUAGAAUAGAAACACAUGAACUUGAAGGAACUGUACAGAUAUUUGCUGUAUGAAGUGAUAUGAUGCUUUGCCCACACUAACCAGGGUCAUAUUCACUAGGCACCAAAUGGAAGAAAGAAGUCUGACACAGGGAGGGACAAGCUGAAGUUGUUCAAUAGGAUAUACUUGUUUUGGUUAUCCGUUGCAAAACAUUUUGCUAGGGUGUGCAUUAAGUCUACAACCCAGCUCUAUGAGGGCUGGAGUGAUACCGAGGCAUCCCACAAUGCACUGAGAACCGUGACUUUAGAAGAUAAGUGACAUCAAGCCUGGAUGGGCUGAAACGUCUUGACGAAGAGACUGAUAAAAUGGAGCAUUUAGCUCAACGCAGGGUACUCGCGAUAUUAACAUUAUUUAUUCGUAUUCUUAUCCAAAGAACUUGACACUAACUCUUCCGCAAUAGAGAGUGACGUUCAGUUUAGUUGGGAUGAUGAGCCAUCUAAAAACAGAGGUUUAUGUGAGAGGUGGUAAUGAAAGAAAUGCGUGUCUCAAAUGGCACACUAUUCCCUAUAGAGUGCACAAAGUAGUUCUCUAUGCAGGGAAUGGUAAUCAUAGAUAGCCUGUCUCCACUGACUGCAGUACUAAAAGGAGCACUGUCUGUAAAUGAGACGUGUUCAGAAAUGACUGGACUAAUACCAAUUCACUUCAAAUGACCUCUAAUCUCUAAUCCAUAUUCAGUUACGUUUUAUUAGCAUGAACGACAAAGCCACUGUUGCUAAAGCGAAGUGAGAUAAUGUGAUCAACAAGAGUAAAAAAAAGAAUGAAUACAUAAUAAUGCUAAUAAUAAUAAUAGAGAAUAAUCGAUAAUGAAUAACAUUGGCGAAUAAUCUUCAAUAUUAUGUACGUUUGGGAUUCAUUCAUGUAUUGUAUGCUGUUCGUGAAAUCCGAAAAACUAUUGCUUAUACAUCUUUAAUGAUGAUUCGUUACUCCAAAACUGUAAUAUGAAAUGUUUUACUAUAAAACUGUAAAAUACA